AUGCCGGGGCUGCGCCGGGACCGCCUGCGGACCCUGCUGCUGCUGGGCGUGCUGCUGGCCGCCGACCUCUACUUCCACCUCGGGCCCCGGGUAAGGCGCCGGCUGCGACCCCGGGAGCGCCCGCCCGGCUGCCCGUGCGCCCACCGCGCCGCCACCUCGGCCCCUCGGCCGGCCGCGCGCCGCGUUCCCCCGGCCGAGCCGGACGGCGGCGGCCCCGGCUCCAAGCUGCGGGCCCUCUUCGCGCACCCGCUGUACAACGAGCCGGAGGAGCCGCCGCUGCUGGGGCCCGAGGACUCGCUCCUGGCCGGCCCCGAGGCGCUGCGCUAUUACCGGAGGAAGGUGGCCCGCUGGAACAGGCGACACAAGAUAUACAAAGAGCAGCUGAAUCUCACUUCCCUGGAUCCCCCGCUGCAGCUCCGCCUGGAGACCAGUUGGAUCCAGUUCCACCUGGGGAUCAGCCGCCACGGCCUGUACUCCCGGUCCAGUCCUGUCGUCAGCAAACUUCUCCACGACAUGAGGCACCUUCCCACCAUCAGCGCUGACUACAGUCAGGACGAGAAAGCCUUGCUUGGAGCCUGCGACUGCACCCAGAUCGUGAAACCCAGUGGGGUCCACCUCAAACUGGUUCUGAGGUUCUCGGACUUCGGGAAGGCCAUGUUCAAACCUAUGAGGCAGCUGCGAGACGAAGAGACGCCCGAGGACUUCUUUUACUUCAUUGAUUUUCAGAGACACAACGCUGAGAUUGCAGCUUUCCAUCUGGACAGGAUUCUGGACUUCCGACGGGUACCACCGACCGUAGGGAGGCUAGUCAAUGUCACCAAGGAAAUCCUGGAGGUCACCAAGAAUGAGAUCCUGCAGAGUGUUUUCUUUAUCUCUCCAGCCAGCAACGUGUGUUUCUUCGCCAAGUGCCCGUACCUGUGCAAGACGGAGUACGCCGUGUGCGGCAACCCGCACCUGCUGGAGGGCUCCCUGUCCGCGUUCCUGCCGUCCCUCAACUUGGCCCCCCGACUGUCCGUCCCCAGCCCCUGGAUCCGCUCCUACUCGCUGGCGGGCAAAGAGGAGUGGGAAGUCAACCCUCUUUACUGCGACACGGUGAAGCAGGUCUACCCGCACAGCAGCAGCGGCCGCCUCCUCAACAUCAUCGACAUGGCCAUCUUCGACUUCCUGACGGGAAACAUGGACCGGCACCACUACGAGACGUUCACCAAAUUCGGGGACGACGGGUUCCUGAUUCACCUCGACAACGCCAGGGGGUUUGGACGGCACUCCCACGACGAAGUCUCCAUCCUCUCGCCUCUCUCCCAGUGCUGCCGAAUAAAAAGGAAAACACUCUCGCACCUGCAGCUGCUGGCCCAAGCCGACUACAGACUCAGCGACGUAAUGAGGGAGUCGCUGCUGGAAGACCAGCUCACGCCUGUGCUCACAGAGCCGCACCUCCUCGCCCUGGAUCGCAGGCUCCAGACUGUCCUCAGGACCGUGCAGGGCUGCAUAGAGGCCCACGGAGAGCACAGCGUCGUGGCCAACGGCCCCACGGGACAGUCGGCCCCAGACUCUGGCCCCACCUAGGGGCUGGACGAGUCCA